AUGCGUCUCCGAAAUUUAUUCAGAUCGAGAUCGAGCGAGGAGAGAAUAAAAGGAAGUGCGCAGUGGAGGAAUAAAAUAAUUGAAGAAGAAAAUGAGAGGAAUGUGAGAGAAAGCGGGAAGAACUAUGGGGAGAUCAGAAUUACGAAAUGGUGGAGUGGUGGAAAUGUGAGUGGGGAUGGAUAUGAGAAAUUGGAGGGGGAGAAGGUUGUGAAAGAGACGGCUAUGCCUUGGGGUUGUCAUGAUUGCAUGGUAUUCAACUACGCCGCGAAUAACAGCUGUACGAGAUGUGGACAUGGCAAAUGUGUUGAAUGUGGAAUUUGGGGUCAGACUAGGGGUGCAUUGGUUAUUCCUAUGUGGAUAUUCUAG